UGGGUGGGAAAGAGAGAUGGAGGCGCUUGCGGACGGAGCACGAUGUUGAGGCGACUCUCGCUUGUCGAGUCUCGGCUCUGAGGAUUACGGACACUCUCUCAUCUGUUCCUCUGUCACUCCACCAUUCCAUCACUCACUGGAGGAUGCCCAGUUCUGGUUGCACUUCUCUUUCUGACAGGACUACUGCACUUUAUUGGCUGUUUGGUGCUGGAGAACGACUCACAGAAGAGAUCAUAAGCUGCUCAGGCUGCUGAGACUCAUGGAUCCAGAGUCCCGACUUUGGUAGACGUCUCCACUUCUUCGUUCCGCCUUUUUCACUGGCUUGGCAUUCUUUCUUUGCCAGGCAAAGACAAACAGAGGUGGCAGUUUUCCAACUCCAUGUAUUUCUGACUCGUUCGAGGCUGCGAUAGUCGGCAUCUGACAAAGAGAUGACCCAAGAACAGUUCACUCAUAGGAACAAUGUCCAGAGCACCGAGAAACCUCACGUGUACAAAGUGGGCAUCUACGGCUGGCGGAAACGUUGCCUUUACUUCUUUGUCCUCCUCCUCAUGAUCCUUAUCCUGGUCAAUCUCGCGCUCACCAUCUGGAUCCUCAAGGUCAUGAACUUCACCAUAGAUGGUAUGGGUCAUUUGAGAAUCACCGAGCGAGGUCUGAAACUAGAAGGUGACUCCGAGUUCCUCCAGCCUCUGUAUGCCAAAGAAAUCCAGUCCAGAUCGGGUAGCCCUCUUUUCCUGCAAUCAUCAAAAAACAUCUCGGUCAACAUCCUGAACGGGAAAAACCAACUGGUCUCACAGCUGGUUGCUGGUUCUCACGGAGUUCACGCACGGGGCAGGAUGCUUGAGGUGAAGUCGAACACAGGAAAGCUACUUUUCUCCGCCGACGACCACGAGGUUGUGGUGGGAGCUGAGAGAUUACGAGUCCUGGGAGCAGAAGGUGCAGUGUUCAGUAACUCGGUGGAGACGCCACACGUCAGAGCAGAGCCCUUCAAAGAGCUUCGUUUGGAAUCUCCAACACGUUCCCUGUACAUGGAGGCUCCUAAAGGUGUGCAGAUUCAAGCCGAAGCCGGGGACAUCCAAGCCACCUGCCGAAGCGACCUGCGUCUGGAGUCAAAAGACGGAGAGAUCACCCUCGAUGCGAAGAAGAUCAAACUCCUGCGUCUGCCUGAAGGAAAAGCGUCUCCUUCGGCCACCAGACAGCCCGUGUUCGAGGUGUGCGUCUGUCCCAACGGCAAGCUCUUCUUAUCACAAGCAGGAACAGCGUCCACCUGCCAGAUCAGCAACAACGUCUGCCUCUAGACACUCUCUAAACACACACACACACACACACACACACACACACACACACACACACACGCUUUGUCCGUUUCACUCGGACGACUUAACCACAAACACUCGUUCCUCUAAAGAACACGAGGACGACCAGAACUCCAUCCUGUAAAGAUCUCCCGGAUUCGCGUCACCUUUUUCCCUUCUUCCGUUUCAUCCCUUUUCGAUCGAGGUCACAAGGAUUCUCUCCAUCAUGCAGAGAAAGAAAUGUCUCGUGUUUUUUUUUUUUUCUUAGGGUUUUAUUUUUGCUACUCUCCAACUGCAAUAUUGUCCAGUCAGCGAAAACCUUUUUUUUUUUGGAAACGUAAAAAUGGGACAAUCUUGACCGACGGCUGCCAUCGUCCCCGUUAUCCCUUCCUUCCUCUUCCUCUCUCUUCCUCUUUCUCUCUUUAAAUAAAUAAAUAAAUAAAUAAAAAUACAAUGAAAACUGUGCUUGCACCGGGACUGACCUGAUGCACGCUCUCUGUUCAAAGAGGAGAACAGUGCCUGUGCCUUAGCUCAAUGCACUCGUGGAAAGAAGAAGCACAUCUCGAUGACCUUUACUUUACAAAACCCUGGAGUUUGACUUUACGUUUAUUUCAUUUUUAUUCUCUCUAAAAGUCGAUAUUUUUUCAAUAAAAGAAAAAGAAUGCAAAGGAUCCAAAUAACGAUGACGCCAUCCCUUCUGCGUCUAAGUCUUAUUUAUAAGAUUAAAAAAAAAAAGCAAAGUUUUUUAUUUUUCAUUGGCAAAUUUCCAACUCGGAAAAUUCUCUCGAUUGGCAGAAGGUUAGAAAAAACUUUUUUAUUAAUUAAUAAAGAUAAAAAAUUUUACUGAAACACACACAAUUUGGCUUUUGCAUUCUUCAUUAGACGUGUGUGUGUGUGUGUGUGUGUUUGCUGGGGUUUAAAAAAAAAACAAGGUUAAACCACUAGGUUUUAUGUAUUUUAUUCUAUACUUGAUCUUUUAUGAUAAACAUCAAUAAACAAACCAGGACGUUUGAACCAAAAACAAGACAAUAAAUAAAAAAAAGAGGAGCCUGAGUGACUUUGCUGGUUGUUGCAGCUAAAAAUCCACUAAAACGUUCUCCACGAGGUCACGUGUGUAAGCUCACGUGUGUAAGCUCACGUGUCCCGAAUGAUUACAGGAAAUAAAACUUCCUUCCUUUUC